CUCGUCUCUCCGACAGAAGAAUUGAAGAAAUUGUUUCUGUUGGAGAACUACUGAAGACGAAUAAGUAUGUUUGAAUGUCAUGGCAUUCAGGGAAAUGUCGCAGAAGGGGCUCCUUCCAUCAGUCGUCUUCACCCUGUUCAUGUUCACAUUUUUUAUGCCAGCUGAGUUUAGUGUCAUCAGUGUGAACUGUUCUGAGCCGACCCAACCGCUCUGCUGAAGGCUCUGACUCCACUCUUCAACAUGACGGCCAUACGGCCUGUCGUGAACUUGAAAACCUGCACCAACGUCAGCAUCAUCUUCACUAUAUAUGGGAUACUUGGAGUGGAUGAAAAAGCCCAACUCCUGACGACCUACAUUUGGUUAAAUUAUUGGUGGUCAAAUGAGUUUGUCACUUGGGAUGCAGACCAGUGUGGCACUGAAAAGAUUUCUCUACCCAAGAGAAAUUUUGGAUUCCAGAUAUUGUAAUCAAUGAAUUUAUGGAUGAAGACACAGCCCCAUCAGUCCCUACGUCUUCCUGUACAACGAUGGCAUGCUGAUUCCCACCCUGUGAGAAUUGUCAGCUCCUGUAACCUGGAUAUCUACACCUUUCCCUUUGACAUUCAAAACUGUACUUUGACUUUCGACUCCUACCUCCAUUAUGCAUCAGACAUCAGACUAUUUCUCGGAAACACUGUAGGCUACAUCACAGAGCGCUCCAAGCGUGUGAUGACCACGCUGGGGGAAUGGGAGCUGCUCACUAUCACUGCUCAUACCAGUAAUAACACUUAUGGGACAUAUGUAGACACCUUGGCAUGUCACAUCAGGCUGAAGCGUCGUGCAACUAUGUAUGUGGUGAACCUGCUGAUCCCCAGCUGCUUCCUCAUCACGGUGGACCUGUUUAGCUUCCUGUUGCCUCCACAGAGUGUCGACCGGUCUUCCUUCAAGAUGACCCUUAUCCUGGGCUACACCGUCUUCCUGCUCAUCAUGAAUGACCUGCUGCCGGUCACCGGGAAUGCUAUACCUCUCAUAAAUGUGUUUUUCUCGCUCUGCCUGGCUCUGAUGGUAGCGAGUCUCCUGGACAUCGUCAUUACCAACCUGUUGUCUGGUGCCGCUGACUUCGGUCCCGUCCCAAGCUGGAUCCGAGUGCUCCUCCUUCAAAUUCUGGGCCCCCUUGUUUGUCUGCGACAAAAAACAAGAGAAAUGAAGACUCAGACGGUGGUGGGAAAGAACGAAAAUAUCAAGGCCCCUACAGAAGUCGGGAGCCCAGCGGAUGAGGGCAAAGCCGUGCAGGAGCUGAGGAGCCUGGGAAAAGACGUGCAGAGCAUCCGCCUUCUGGUGGAGAAGCAGCUGAAGCAGAGCGACAGUGAGGAGGAGUGGAUCCAGGUGGGUUUCAUCAUAGACCGCCUGCUGUUUGGCCUCUACAUCCUCUUCAUACACAUGGAGAAAAACACUGCUCCAUUUGUCCCUUACACCUACCUGUUUCAUGACGGCUGGGUGAUCGAUAAACAGCCUGUCGGAGUGCGGCGGCGGGCCACUCUGUACGUGGUCAACCUUCUAAUCCCCACCUGCUUCCUCAUCACGGUGGACCUCUUCAGCUUCAUUUUGCCUCCCAAAAGUGUUGACCGAUCUUUGUUCAAAAUGACUCUCAUCCUGGGCUACACCGUCUUCCUGCUGAGCAUGAACAACAUGCUGCCCGUCUCUGGAAACACCAUACCUCUCAUAAAUGUGUUCCUGACCCUCUGCCUUUCUCUGAUGGUGGCCAGUCUGUUGGAAACUAUCAUCAUUACCAACCUCAUCUGCGGCUCUGCGCGGUACCCUGCAGUUCCUCGCUGGAUCAGAGUGAUCUUUCUUCACAUUCUGGGGCGACUCGUAUGUCUUCCUCCGAAGUCUAAAGAUCAGGAAGACACUGUGAUCUCCAAUCCCUCGGCACAAGAAAUUAAACUUUCCUCUACAGCAACUCAGGAAAGUGAAACUAAAGAGCAGGAGUCCUCGCUGAGUGGGGACAAGGCUGUGCAAGAGCUGAGGAGUGUUAAUAUGGACCUCCAGGCCAUCCGCCAACAGUUGGAAAAGGAACUGCGUGGAAACCAGAACGCAGAGGACUGGAUCCAGGUGGGUUUUGUCAUUGACCGCCUGAUGUUCAUCCUUUAUAUCCUCUUCAUAUCAAUCAGCUUUGUUACCAUCAUCAUCCUGUGGGGGAAAUCCUACAGCACAACACAUGACCAUUGAUGUGAUUUCUGCUUGUUCCUUGUCCUCUCCAUGUUUCAUCACUAAACUUUAUCAAAGAGUUUUUCUUGUUUUUUUCAUUGCUUAUCACGUGAAGUCUGCUUUAUACACAGAAUGCUUACAGUCAUAUUUGAAGCCUUUGAAAUAAUGUCUUAAAUAACUCAUCCAAAUACUGUCAGAGGUUUUUCAUGAUUCUGUUUAUUCAUAGCCAACAUGACAAUAGUGUGAACCUGCAGCACAGGAAAAGGCAUGUUACAGUUCAGUUGCUUUUCUAGUGUUCAGUUUUUAUUUGAAUGCUACACACACACACACACACACACACACACACACACACACACACACACACCAGUAGGAGUCAAU